CUUGUUGCGUCAAGCGACAAAAUAUAAUUUAAACCUAAAACUAAAAUUAAGAGAAAUGAAUUAUAAAAAAUUAUAAAUAUUGAAUUAAAUUAGUAUUGUAUACUUACCCUAAUAAUGUUAUAUAUACUUACCUUAAUCUAUUACUAUAAGUUAACAAAAUGAACUACUCACCUCUUUUUGUACAUACCUGUAUACUUCCAUUCCAACUGUUUUUUCCCGUUAGCUUUAAGAUUUAGGCUAAGUCAUUUAGUUGCUAAAAUAAAGAACUGAAUUGUUAUUUGACCGCAAUAGAGAACGCACGCGUUUCCCUUUUUAUCGCAAAUUUUUCGUAUUUUCCGCAAGUUUGAUUAACUGGUACAGGCAAUUGGUUAAGUUUUUGAGUGAAUAAUUUAAAAAAUAUAACAACACGCAUCCCGGCAGAAUUCUAAUUUCUCAAAAAGGCUUGAGAAUUUUCAUGGCGCCCGAGCAGGGACCAAUGCGUGUUUAAAAAAAAAAAUAAUAAAACAAAAAACAAAAGUUAACUUAAGAUUUACACUCAGUGAAAUAAUAAUAGUGCAAAAAUUCUUUUCGAAACCAAUUGCCAAUUGUACCCUUUUCGGUGUUCGGUUUUCGGAAUACGGUGUUCACGGUUGUGAAUGUGAAAAAACAACUAAUUCUAAAAACAAAAAAUAACACAAAAAAAAAAAAAAAAUAUUAUACAAAGGAUUAAAAAUCCAAAUAUACAACAUAUAUUGUACAUACAUAUAGUUGAAGUGCGUGCAGUGAAGACUUCCAAACACACAAAAAAUAUAUACCGACAUAUCGAUAUAUGUAUAAAGUGCGUGCGUGAAAGUAGAACCUAGAAAAAAGAAUAAAUAAAAAAGAAUAAAUACAUACAGAUAUACAUACAUACGUGAAGACCAGUGAAAACCUAUAAAAAAUUUUAUACAUACAGUGCAAGUGCAGUGCUAAAAUACUUACCCGCAUACUUACCUAAGCUUAAAAAAAAAAAAAUCGCCAAAGAAGAAAAGGGAAGUAUUGUGGAGUGUGUGCGUAUACGUGUACAUAGAAUUCACAAAAAAAAGAAAUAAAGUAAAAGGAGGUACUUGAUAAGUGCGAAAAGUGAUCUACUUGUGCGGUACAGUGGUGAGCACAAAUAAAGGCACAAACGUUUUUGGCCUAAAAAAUAAAAAAUAAAAAAAAAAAAAAAAUAAUAAUAAAUACAAAUUUUUGUUUUAAAUUUAUGCUACAGUUUCUAAAAAAAAAAAAAAAAACCCCGUUGCUUAAAGUGCCGCAAUAUUGAACAACCGGUAAAGCCUAAAAACCGGUAGAAACCAAAGUGCCGGUAAAAAAAAAGACAACCGUUUCCAUUGCUAUCCGUUAAAAUCAUCACAUCGCUGUUCCCAUCCCGUCGCUGUUGAUAUUCAGCCGCUGCUGUCGUCGCUCCGCUGCUGCCAUCACGUCGCUGCUGCUGUCGUCGCUCCGCUGCUGCCAUCACGUCGCUGCUUCUGUCGCCGCUCCGCUGCUGCCAUCACUGCCAGUAUUGGUACCAAUCCGCUGCUCCUCCAAUUUCGCUGCUCCUAUAAUUCCGCUGGUGCCAUCACUUCGUUGCUGCCGUCUAUCCGCUGCUGCUUAAGUCGUCGUGGGAAUGAGCUGCCGCUGUAUCCUGUGCCAGAGGGACGUAAGCGCCGGCAAACAGCCGACGCACCAGGUUCAUUGGUCGCCGAGGGAUGCCACAGAAAGUAUUCAGCGACAACGCAACCAACUUUGUCGGCGCCGACCGCAAGCUGCGCGAGCUGAAGGAGGCGUUCCUAGCGCAAGCGCCAGAACUAAUGGGGUUCGCAGCCGAAGAAGGAUUCAGCUUCGGCUUUAUACCACCCAGGGCGCCGCACUUCGGCGGAUUAUGGGAGGCGGCCGUGAAGUCCGCCAAGCAUCUGCUCGUCCGCGCACUCGGCAACGCUCUACUCACGACGGAGGAGCUAUCAACACUACUGGCCGAAGUGGAAGCCAUUUUGAACUCUCGUCCCCUAGCACCGUUGGGACAGGACCCCAACGACGGAGAAGCACUAACUCCAGCGCACCUUUUAAUCGGUUGCCCUCUGCGAGCGCUGCCACCAGCACAAGUGCCAACGGACCCAAUUCGUUGCUGCGAGAGAUGGCAACUUGUUUGCUGUCUCAAGCAACAGUUUUGGCGACAGUGGUCCAAAACCUACAUGACGGGCCUUCAGGAACGCAACAAAUGGCUGCACCCCAAACGCAACCUGCAGCCAGGCGAUCUCGUCCUCGUCCACGAGGACAACGUGCCGCCACAGCAGUGGGUACUCGGACGCGUCGUCGCCGCCGUCGAAGGGCAAGACGGCAAGGUGCGAGUCGCGGAAGUCGCAACCAAGACGGGCACGAUUAAGCGCCCCAUCCACAAACUGGCUGUCCUUCCACUGGAUAUUGAAGGAAUCUGAUCCUGUCAAGGUGGCCGGUGUUGCGUCAAGCGACAAAAUAUAAUUUAAACCUAAAACUAAAAUUAAGAGAAAUGAAUUAUAAAAAAUUAUAAAUAUUGAAUUAAAUUAGUAUUGUAUACUUACCCUAAUAAUGUUAUAUAUACUUACCUUAAUCUAUUACUAUAAGUUAACAAAAUGAACUACUCACCUCUUUUUGUACAUACCUGUAUACUUCCAUUCCAACUGUUUUUUCCCGUUAGCUUUAAGAUUUAGGCUAAGUCAUUUAGUUGCUAAAAUAAAGAACUGAAUUGUUAUUUGACCGCAAUAGAGAACGCACGCGUUUCCCUUUUUAUCGCAAAUUUUUCGUAUUUUCCGCAAGUUUGAUUAAC